UCAAAACUCUAGCUUAAAUUUUGUUAAGUUCUAGAAAACAAGUACAUAACAUAGAGGUAGAAAAAGACUAAUACCUCCAUGGUAAAUAAUAAUACACUGUUCUUUUUCCAUUGAAAUUUCAAGUGCAAAUGUUUGGAGUAAGAAGUAGGCCUAUGCAAAAACCAUAGCGUAAAUAAGCAUACCAAAACAAGGGUUUCUUUUGGCCAAAAUCCAGCCAAAUUCGGAAAUAUUGCCCUGAAACGUCCAGGAAGCGUACAUCAGUGAACAUAGCGAGCCAGGAGAAGCCACGUGGCCGACUGUCGGUAAACUUCAGGCGCUGAAAGGUGGAAAUGGCAACGAGGGUGGAGGUGGAGUCCUUGAACACAAACUUCAACUUCAACAUGAUCAUCGCGAGGAAGCUGUUCGGGACACUGCCCACGCGGAAUGACAGGGAGCUGGUGAGGCAGUGGAUACGCAAGCUCAAGAGCUGCACUUCGUCCAUCAACGAGAUGAAGCUGAGAAAUAACUUCAUGUUCCACCUGGUGAUCAACCUGAGGACGGGCUGCCUGCUGCACCCGUUCAACAAGCCCCCCAAGCAAGGCCCCCUCAACAUGGCCUAUGCCAGCGUGGACCAGUGCAAGGGCAGCGACUCGGGCAGCGACGCCGACUCGGAGAGGGCGCCCCGGAACCUGCCGCAGCCCCCGCCCGCGGCCCGGUUCCUCGUGCCCGCGCCCAUGCCCAAGGUGGGCGCAGUCUGCUACAUGGCCAUGAAGUGCAUGGGCGACAACGUCUCCAAGUGAGCCCCGCCCGCGCGACCCUCCUCUCCGGCUGUACAAACUGUCAAUAAAGGUGGAUUCCAACUGCA